AUGCGGUCAAUAACUGAAGCGAAUGGAGGCAAAAGACCACCCUCUGCAGCCGAUUUACCUCUGAGGCGCGAAGCAGCUACAAACCGACUGUUAGUGGAAAUUGCGCAGUUUGCUGCAUUUCCCCACUUAGUUUGGGCCAUAUGGUGUUUUAAGCAAGCUGAGGACUUCCCAAUUGAUGCUUCUGAGCACGACUUCUACGAAGACGGAUUUGAUCGUAUGGCUCUGUAUUACAAGCGAAAGUCGGAUAUGCUGAGAUAUUUAAAACGAGAAUAA